UGUAGUUCGCCUCUCCUUUCGCGGAAAGACACAAUUUCGCAGUGCAAACGCUUACCAGCAUAAUUUCCAAUCUGCUCACCCUGUGGCGCCACCAAAAAGUUUGAUAAUCGCUGUUAUUUUUGUUUUGGCUCCAUUACCGCAAUCCAAAGCCAAGCCAAGCAAACUGCCGAUCUGAUCCCCGGCCAUUGCCAAACUUCUUUGUCCGUCCACUACGUAUUUCACUCGCCGUGUGUUCCCUGUUCCAACCAAUCUGCAUAUGAAAUGAUUACCCACGCGUACGUACGAUACGUGGAUGAUAGUACCCACGCAAUUGUGCCCAUCUCGAGCAUCAAAGAUUUUCAUCCGAGUGGGCCCACCGACUUCAGCGACAAAACGAAGUACUACGUAAGAUGGCAUGCUGGCGACAGUGAAUUCUACAGAGCCCGGAUACUUCUGUUGGGAGCUAGGUUCUCUGAAGAGGAUGUCACGGUGAAACUAAAGAACGGGAGACUACGUGUCCGUAAAGUCAUCGAGAGCUCCGACUACUCUGAAGAGGAUUCACUGACCACCGAGAAGGAGAAUGUCAAGGCGCAGAAGAAACACAUGAAAGAGAGACAAGCCACAUCAACGAAGGCGGACUUGAUGCGGAUACUUGAGCUGAAGAAAAAACAAGCGACUGCAAAAAAGCCAGAGGCCAAGGGGGACCUCGAAGAGCUGCAAGCCAAGUAUGACAGGGCGCAAAGGCAUAUCACACGGUUGGAGAGGGAGCUCAGCCAAGUUAGGCAGCUCAACAUUAAUCUGCAAGAGAUUGUAAUAAAGAAAGUGCAAUCUUUAAAAGAUGAAGAAAAAAAUGUCAGUGCCAAAAAAAUGAGCGUGCUGCAUUUGGCUUUGACGCUGCAACUGGCCCUGCCCCGGUGGGUGCCCUCCCUGCCCCCGCUGUUCGUGCCCCUGCCCUGCCAGCUGCCUGUGCCCAUGUCCUGGCUGCUCCUGUCCCUAUGGCCCUGGCUGCUCCUGUCCCUGCGGCCCUGGCUGCUCCUGUCCACGCGGCCCUGGCUGCUCCUGUCCCCGCGGCCCUGGCUGCUCCUGUCCCCGCCGCCCUGGCUGCUCCUGUCCCCGCGGCCCUGGCUGCUCCUGCCCCUGCAGCCCUGGCUGCUGCCCCUGAACUUGCCGCACUGCCAAUUGCAGACCGUGCUGAACGGGACGCUCGCUUGGCAGAAAAUGAUGGUCAUAUGGUGGACAUCGGAAACGGUGUUCUUGUGGACCAGGCAUCGUUGCUUCUGGCACAAGGGAAAAGAGAUGCCUUGUUUGUGAAGGACCUGGCUGUGGCUGUCUUCGG